UCUAUAUAUAUAUAUAUAUAUAUAUAUCUACAGCCAUCUCUUCGUCUUCCCCAGACUGCUCUCUUGUUUGUUUUUCCUGUUUUAAAAUCCUUCUUUUUCGUCGCCAAUUCUCUGAUAUAGUAUCACCAUGAGCAACUCUUUUUCAAAAACCCUUGCUUCUCAACCAAAAAAAUUGAUCUUAGUUCGUCAUGGACAAAGUGAAUGGAACGAGAAAAACUUGUUCACCGGUUGGGUCGACGUUAAACUAACUGAAAAGGGUAGAAGCGAAGCUCAAAGAGCAGGCGUCUUGUUAAAGGAAUCUGGCUUAAAACCUGACAUCUUAUAUACCUCUAAAUUAUCAAGAGCCAUUCAAACUGCCAACAUCGCUUUAGAAACUGCUGACAGACUAUUCAUCGACGUUAAAAGAACUUGGAGACUAAAUGAACGUCACUAUGGUGACUUGCAAGGUAAGGAUAAAUCUGAAGCUUUGAACCAAUUUGGCCCUGAGCUAUUCAAAACCUACAGAAGAAGUUACGAUACUCCUCCUCCACCAAUCGCCGAUGACAACAAAUUCUCUCAAUUUGGUGAUGAAAGAUACAAAGAAAUCGAUCCAAAUGUCUUGCCUAAAACCGAAUCAUUGAAAUUGGUGAUUGACAGAUUAUUACCAUACUGGCAAGAUGAAAUUGCAAGGGACUUGUUAGACAACAAAACCGUCUUAGUUGUAGCCCAUGGUAAUUCCCUAAGAGGUUUGUACAAACAUUUAACCGGAAUUACUGCCGAAGAAAUUUCUGAAAUCAAUAUUCCAACUGGUAUUCCUUUGGUCUUUGAAUUGGAUUCUACUUUGAAUCCAAUCAAACCCCCUUACUAUUUGGAUCCAGAAGCUGCCGCUGCCGGUGCUGCUGCUGUUGCUGCCCAAGGCCAAAAGAAAUAAACCUCUUUUAUACAUAGCAUCUCAAUAUAUCUUUAUUUCAAUCAAACUCAAUUCGAGUUAACUCACUUUUCCUCAAUUGAACUCAUUUCUAUCCAUCUCACAUCAUUUAUCUCACUCGUGCUAUCUCUUAUCCAGCCCGAGAUUCCUUUUUUCAAAACAUCACAAAACGUGACAUUUCACUAUUCCCUCACGCGCCAUAAUGCGUGUUUCUGCACAUACCGCGUAUGUGGAACCCCAGAAUUGCAAUUAUUUCGCUCCAUAUAUAAUACCCACUAUCUACCCAAUUUCCUUCAUAACUCCAGAUUGUAG